AUGGCAGUUCAGACGUUGUUCCAGACCCGUACAAGAUCCCCUUCUCCCUCCUCGACAAGCCAUGGUAGCCAUGAUUCGGGGAACUCGAGUUCUAUUCGUUCUUUUGAUAUGCAUCGUCUUAAACAUGCUGCAUCAUCAUUCCUUCAUCAACGCUGCUUAUCGAGUCAAAUCAGCCAGAGGAGGCAUAUAAACAGUCUUAAUUCCGCAUGUUCGCUUCCUGAAGCUGUCCUGCGCAAGGUUUUCAUAGCUUGUGCACGGAUUUUUGGGAAUGACGAUGCUGCGUGGAGUUGGGUCAAUGUGACCUACGUUUGCUCCUCUUGGAGGCAGGUAGCCAUCGACUGCCAAGACUUAUGGCGCUAUGUCGACUUUUCUCACCCCAAAUGGUUCGCCGUCACGCUGCCUCGGGCUAAGACGGUCCCUCUCUGUAUCCGAGCCACAGUUGGGACCCAUAAUACUGGGCUUCUACAACGAACAUUUCAGCUCGCACACCGGAUACAAAGCAUAAACCUUACUUGCCCCAUCCAACACAUUCACGGUCUUCUUCCAACAUUAACAUACCCUAAUCCCGCGCUCGAAUCACUGACUAUCAACGUCCGUAUACCCAAUUACGACAAUACCCAUAGAGUUUACGAACCCUUAUCGUUCCCUACGACUGGCGCGCCCCUUCAGCGCCUACGAUAUCUGGAAUUGCGCUGUGCGCCGUUCUACAUGAUCUCUCCACGUUUCAACUUUCUCACCCACCUUCAUCUUCAUGAUCUACCACCAUGUGAACGACCUACUCGCCGUCGUUUCCUUUUCAUGCUCGCGAAGAUACCCCUGCUACAAGAUUUAGUCCUGGAGCGAGCUUUCCCCAUCAACGUUGAAUCAGAUGACUUUGCCCAUACGGAGAAACGAGUCACACUCUCUCAUCUCGUUUCAGUUUCCCUCACUGGGUCUGUGACGGACCUUUCGGUCGUCUUAAACUGCAUCACGAUGCCACCCACCGUCUGCCUCUCCUGUGUGAUCUGCACACUCUCAGACCUCAAGGGCAAUAUCUGGAGGCUCGGCCAGGCUAUCGGAGCCCAUUCAUGGGGGGGAACUGAUGGUGUCCGGCUCGAAACACUCGUGAUAACGGGUCGAGAAGAGUCAGAGCGGUUCUUGCCCGGGGUUGACAUCAACCCAGAUUUCAGACAGUCUCUCCGCCUUCGGGCCUAUAGAGCUGAUAGUGAAGUCGGCCGUGCUGCGUUUGACCUUUCCAUUGGACCUGAACAGGGGUUUUCGGGAGACGACGUUAUGGUUACUGCGUUGGGUGCGAUUUGGAAAGCACUCACGCUGACACAUGUACAUACGAUGGCCCUCCAGAAUCUGGAUAUCGUCACGCAGAAAUCGUGGUCCCAGUUCCUGCGCACUCUGCCUUCCCUUCGGGUUUUGGAUAUCAGAGGUCUCCCGCCUUCAGGUUUGGUUUGGGCACUUUUGCUGAACGCACGGGCUCAUUCGCAAGGUGAUGGGGGGAAUGGGGACGCUCAGCGUCUUUUGAUCCCGAGGCUUAAUGAUAUUUAUAUUCAUGGUGUUGAUUGUUCGGCUGGAGGGUUCAUGGUUGCUUCCGGUGCACUUGUGAACUCGCAUUGCGACCUGGACGACUCACGUUUCUUGGAUGUCCUAUCCGCAUGCCUGAGCGAACGGCGGCGGUUUGGGUUGUGUCUCCGGAGUUUAUCCAUCGCACGAUGCGAGUAUGUGUACAAGCAAUCAGCAGAAGAUGCGAAGAAGGCUGUAGCGCAUCUUGUUUGGGAUUUGAGGGGGAUCGUGAAGCAGGAAGCGGUCACGGAUGAGACUAGUCCGGCGAGGUAUAGGAAGGAUUGGACAAUUUCAAGUUAUCGGCCGAGGCAUUAUCACCGAAUGAGGACUCUUAGGGAGUUGGACUUGGAGCAGGAACAGGAGAGCAGUCAAUCGUGA